ACAGUUGAAUUCUGUUCUAGAUUCUUGAAAUGGCAAACUUUACUCGGUUUCCCUGCGUCUUAUAUGAGUAAAAACGGGACCAUUCGGGUCUCUAAAUGUGCACGAUCGAUUACAAACUAUAGACGGCAAGAUUUCAGGCUCCUCUGUGAAUAAGCAUCCCUCCGUACAGCGCCUGUCUGCGCACAGGCUGCACAACACAUCACUGUGAACCCGAGGAAGAGCAGCUGGUCUCCGACAUGGCUAAAGAAGGAGCAGAUAUGACAGAGGAAACCGAGUGCAUGAUAGACCGAAAUGUGGGGAAAGCAACAGAAAACGUAGAAUCGUCUGGACAUGCCAAAGAAAUGCGAGCGGUGAUGCUGGCAGGAUUCGGAGGUCUUAACAAACUCAGGGUAACCAAGAAGGCAAUGCCCGAGCCUCAGGAUGGUGAAGUGAAGAUCCGCGUUAAAGCAUGUGGCUUGAAUUUCCUGGACCUGAUGGUACGUCAGGGGACUAUUGAUAAUCCUCCUAAACCUCCUCUUGUCCCUGGGUUUGAAUGCUCUGGAAUAGUAGAGUCACUGGGUGAAAACACAAAGGGAUUUGAGAUAGGUGACAGAGUUAUGGCUUUUGUGAAUUACAAUGCUUGGGCAGAGGUGGUUUGCACACCAGUGGAUUUUGUCUACAAGAUGCCGGAUGAAAUGACUUUUGCUGAGGCCGCAGCGUUCUCCCUGAACUUUGUGGCUGCAUAUAUGAUGCUCUUUGAGGUUGCCAAUCUGCGGGAGGGGAUGUCAGUGUUGGUCCACUCAGCAGGAGGUGGUGUAGGUCAAGCUGUGGCUCAGCUGUGCUCCACUGUACCUAAUGUCACUGUGUUUGGAAUUGCUUCAUGUUUCAAACACACAGCCAUCAGAGACUCUGUGACUCACCUGUUUGACAGAAAUGUUGAUUAUAUACAAGAAGUCAGAAAGAUUUCUCCGCAGGGAGUCGACAUCUUGUUGGACUGUCUGUGUGGGGAGAACACAGGAAAAGGCCUGAGUCUCCUGAAGCCAUUGGGAACAUACAUCCUCUAUGGCGCGUCACACAUGGUAACCGGGGAAACAAAGAGUUUCUUCAGCUUUGCAAAAUCUUGGUGGCAGGUGGAGAAGGUGAACCCUAUUAAACUAUAUGAGGAGAACAAAGUCAUAGCUGGAUUCUCGCUCCUGAACCUCCUCUUCAAACAGGGGAGAUGUAGUCUUGUGAAAUCAGUGAUGGAUAAACUCUUGUGUCUCUACGAUCAAAAAAAGAUCAAGCCAGUAGUGGACUCCCUGUGGGCGCUGGAGGAGGUAAAAGAGGCCAUGCAGAGAAUUCACGAUAGAGGCAACAUAGGAAAACUCAUUCUCGAUGUUGAAAAGUCUCCCACCCCUCUGAUGGCCAGCGACAGUACGGAGACCAGUGAAGCAGGAGAAGAAGAAGAAGAGCCCGAGGGAGACAAUGACAGCAAGGAGCGAAUGCCUUUCAUCCAUUAAACCCAACACACCUUGCUAUGACUUGCCUAGAGACUGGAGAGGCUGCGCAUGCACAGCAGAAGAACACAUCCACACACAAGUGUUGUGCAGUAUGUGUAUGCAUGUGCUGUAAGCAUGAAUGUACAGUGUGUAUGUAGACUACAUGUUUGUGCCUCUUGUUGAUUACCUAUUGUUUGUCAGUUAAAUGGUCAAGCUUCAUUUUUGGUUAAAUGAGGACUUACUGUACAAUAUGUUUGUCACACAGGCAAGAAGUGCGAGAGCAUUUCUCCAAACAGUAUUAUUACAUUCUUUAAUGUUUUAUGAAGAAAUGUUAUGCUAGGCUUAAUGUGUAUAUGUUUGUGUCCAUUUUACAGUUAAUUACAUUUACCACUAGUUUAUUGAAUUGAGUAAGCAUUUAAAUUUGCUAACUUGCGAUUAUCACUUUAAGAUUAGUACCCUUAUAAAUAGAUUUGUUGAAGCACAUAUGUGUCCACAAGGAAAAAAAGUGUAGUUUAAUUCACACCUGUCCUCAGCGAUGACAGCUGUGAAAUGAGACCAAACAAUAGACUUAAGCUUGAGAAAAUGACCCCAGCGUUUUGAUGCAGCUGGCCAAGAUAGUGCAUCACUCUCUCAUGUUACUAUGGUAAUGUUUAAGCCAGGAGAAGUAGACAUUUGUAAUAUUAUGAAAUCACCAGUGCCUUUGAGCUGCAAUCGAGGGUUUGAUACUUGAAAUGCCUUCCUCAUGUCAAGUUCACAUUGAACAUACUAACAAAAAAGGAAUGUGUAUAUGGAUGCAUAAACUAUUUUUAAAAUUCUUCCUCACCUGAUCAGAUCAUGUGUAGAAAGGUGAGUCUGUGGUGCCACUAGAGUUUAUUCAGUAAGUUAAUGGAUUGAGAACAUAUUUUCCCACUAAACUACAUAUUCAGAACUUUUCUCUAAAAUCUGUAUAACAUAGGGCAUCAUACUGUACACACCUUAAAGGGUUAUGUGUAUCUUAAGAUAAAAAAAUGCACAUUUGUAAAUACUGGGGUAAAACAGAAAUCUGAAUUUCAAAACAUGAAAUGUAUAUGUUUCAAAAUCUUGCUGAAUAUAUGUAAAAACAAAAAGUAAAUCAUGAAACAGACAGUCAGACCGCUUUGCUGUUGGACCAAAGUUGUUCACAUGUUGGUGCCUCACAACAAAAAGUGUCAUAAGUCUCCAAGAUAAAUUACCUUUACAGUGAGCUGGUGUAUAAAGACAGAGCAAGUUAGUUUUGAGCAACACUGUGUAUUACUUUAUAUAUGAUGCCUUCGACUUAAUGCCGCAUCUGCGAGAAGCUGAGAAGGAACAAAGGUUUUCUACACACUCACAUUGACAUAUUCAGGUGACUGAUCUCAUUGAAUUUUAAUUUAGCAAAAUAAAAACAAUGCAUUGUAUUUUGUUUUCACUUUUUAUUUGGCCUUGCUUAUUCACUCAUCUGAAUUAUUUAUUACUUUGCAAAGUGAACAUGAAAAAGUAUUUUCUCAAUUAUAGAACAAUAAAAUAAAGUCAAUAUUUUGGAAUCCUUCCAUUUUAAUGAAGUAAAAAGUAUAUCAACUUAUCCACAACAAAACUAACAGUAGUAAAUGUUUCAUGCUUUAAAGGUGAUUGAUAGAUAGCAGAGAGACUGUGUUAAUGAGUGUAUUACAGUAAAGUGAUGAAUCAUUUAGAAACUGAUUUCUAGACUUGGAAAUAACAGCAAUGACGAACUGAAAAAAACCUUAGAAAAAAUCAACUGGACUUAGAUUUCUAGAAAUGUUUUCUAGAAAUCUAAGUCCAGGUUUUUUCAGUUCACUAUGAUCUGGAUGACUGAGAAUCUGCACAGACAACAGUAAUGACAUGUAGACACUGAAAAUGCAUCUCAGUUUUGAUGUCAGGCUUGUUUGUGUGUGUGUGUGUGUGUGUGAGAGAGAGAGAGAGAGAGAGUGCAUGUUUUAAAGUAUGCAUACGUGUGUGUGCCCGCCCUUGGUAUUACUGAUAUUGUGGGAAUUUGGCCUUCCUCAUGGGGAUCAGAGGCUGAUCCCCAACAUGUAAUCCAUUGAAUUUUAGGGUGACAACAUGGUUUAAGGUUAGAUGUUAGGGUUAAAAUUAGGCAUUAGAGUUAGGGUUAAGUAAGUAGUGGUUAUAUUUAAGGUUAGGAAAAUCUCUAGGAAAUGAAUGUAAGACCAUGUAAAGUCCCCACAACAAAUGAAAACACAGUUUGUGUGUGUGUUCAUGUAGCCUAAAAACCUCAUCUUUAAAGAAGUGUUUAGUAUUAUAAUCUGUUCACAAAAUUCCUUGUAAACGGGUUUACCUGUGGACAUAACAUUGUUGUCACGUUAUUGUGUACCUUCUUUGAGUACAGCUCUCUUUACUUGAAUAAAUGUAUGU